AUGUAUUGUAAUUUUACCAAGUGCCAUGCUUUCCCUUUCGCCAUUAGAGCUUCUUCGCAACAACCAAAAUGUUUUCUCCCAUUCUAUAUAAAACCCAAAACUCCCCAGUUUUCUCCUAGUUCAAAUCCUGAAACAAAUGUUUUCUACAAGUCCAGAAUUACGAGCUAUAGAACUCCCUCUGUUGGGUUUAUGGAGAAAACACAUGAGUAUUGUCAGUUAUUAGGGACUGCAGAUAGAGAUAGUUUUGUUAGUUUCAAUCAACACGUUAGGAAGAAGAGAGAGCAUGUAUAUGCUGCAAAAAGUGAAUCCUUUUCAAAUGGGCUUCGUUCAAACCCUAGAAAAUUUUCCACAUCCUAUUCUCGUAAAGUGGUUGAAGGUACUACCGAUUCUCCAAAUCCCCUUCCUUGGUUAGCUAAAAAUAAAGAUAAGGAAGUUAAAGACUCUGAAAAACCUGCUCCAAGGAGGUCAUCUUGGGAAAUCUCAGCUGAAAAGUUCUCCAAAAAUGGCCCACAUACUAGGGAAAAAAUUAGGAGAAAAGAUUUCAAACCAAGAAACAAGACAUCAGAAGAUGAAUCACCUACAAGAAAGUUCGUUCGAGUGCGAUCUUCUUGGGAGGAAUCAGCUGAAAAAUUUGUGAAAAGGGGAGAUGAAAGUAGGGAAAAUGGUAGACGAUUUAAUGAAAGUAGGGAAAAUGGUAGACGAUUUGAUGAAAGAAACGAUUAUAGGGAAAGAAGAAGGAUUUCUGAAGACGGUUCUGACCUUGAAACACAAGAAGCUGACAAUAAUAAUCCCAAUUGGUAUAAGAUACAAGAGAGAUUUGAUUCAUUCGAUAGGGUUAACGUUAAUGUGGAACGAAAUGACAAGUGGAGUAGGCAAGACAAUUGGGGAAAAAAGGUAUGGAAAGAAGCAACCGAAUCAAGCAUACCAAAAAUGGUUGGUGAAUGUGUCUAUGGAGUGGGCCCCAUACUAGCUGCACUAUUAGCAAACAGAAGAGAAUUCUACGUUUUAUACAUUCAAGAAGGCAUCGAUUUAACCGGAAACAACAAAAAGAAAAAAGACAAAAAAGGGUUCGAAAAAGUUUUAAAAGUAGCCGAUAAACUAGGGUUAACAAUAAAAGAAAUCUCAAAACAUGAUCUCAACAUGAUUGUGGACAAUCGUCCACAUCAAGGUCUAGUUCUCGACGCUUCACCAUUAGAAAUGGUGAACAUUCGAGAACUAGACCGCACAGCAGGGGACAUGUCCAUGUCCCCGCUGUGGUUAGCGCUGGAUGAAGUUAUGGACCCACAAAAUUUGGGUGCCAUAAUUCGUUCAGCGUAUUUUUUUGGUGCAUCGGGGGUUGUACUUUGUGCAAAGAAUUCUGCACCACUUAGUGGGGUUGUAAGUAAAGCGAGUGCUGGAUCGCUUGAGUUGAUUGAGCUUAGGUGUUGUAAGAAUAUGAUGCAGUUUUUGGUUUCUUCGGCUGAAAAUGGUUGGAGGGUUGUUGGUGGUUCAGUGAAUUCACGAGCUGUGGGUUUGACCGAGGUGCGAACCGGUGAGCCUACGGUUCUGGUUUUGGGGAGUGAGGGCACGGGUUUGAGACCGUUGGUUGAAAGGUCGUGUACUCAGUUGGUUAAGAUUCCGGGGAAUAUUCCGGUUCAUUUGAGUGGUGGGUUUGAAGAUGGUGAAUCUUUUGUUGCUGUUGAGAGUUUGAAUGUUAGUGUUGCUGCUGGGGUGCUUCUUCAUCAUUUUGUUGGAAAUAGUAACAACAAGACUGUGGUUGACAUUGAGGGGUAA